UAAAAUAAAUCUCAAUAGCGUGUUCCUGCUAAGAGGAACAGAGAUGGAUUGCAACGAAACAAUGACGCUUCUUCCUUUAACGGAGAAUGAAGAAAAAUAUGGUCAAAUUGCUAGACUAAAUCAGACAACUGGAAACACUACUUCGUUAAAUUACGAUACAGAAGAAUCUUUCACAUUUGAAAAGGUUUCCUUAUCAUUUGUACUAAUUACAAGUGUAUUUGGUAACAUUUUUUUGCUUGCUGUAUUGAUCAAGAUAAGAAGUGUUCGUCUACUUGUAGACAAGUUAAUUUUAAGCAUGACGGUUUGCAAUCUCCUUCUUGUCAUUAUCUGGUUGCCUGUGGAUUUAUACCUUUAUAUAAAUGGGCUUUUCCCGUUUGGUUUGUUCGGUUGCAAGGCAUUUCCGACCAUAGCAACAUAUAGUUACACUGCAGCAAUAUUUACCUUGGUGGCAAUCGCGUUUGAAAGAAGGCAUGCUGUGCUAAAUCCAUUUGAAGCAAACAUGAAUAAGAAGAAAGAGUAUGUCAUGUGGAUUUUCAUUCAUGGAUCUGCAAUUAUCUUUGCGUCUCCUUCUUUGCAUACAUCAUACGAUGUCGAAUCUAAGCUUUGCUAUGAAACAUGGGAUAUAACCUAUCGGCAUACCUACACCGUCCUUCUGUUUUUAAUGCAGUACCUAUCACCUGUCUUAAUAAUGACCGUUUGUUACUUUCAAGCGUGGAAGAAAAUCAACGCUUCAAAAGCGAUUUUCAGUGCACAAGAAACGGUAGGAAGAAAUGGAUCAAAAGCUGGACAAUUCUGCUUACCAGAAAGAAAUAUAGCGCUAUUUCGACAGCGUUUGAGACAAAGUCGAGACUUAUUAAAAAUGUUUACAGCUGUGGUGGUAGUGUUUAUCAUCUCAGCAUUUCCAAUUCACGUGAUAUGGUUGAUAAGGGAUUUUAAUAAGUAUCGUUUUUCGCCAAUACUGAUCAGUAUCACGAACAUUACAAAAUACGCAAAUUGUAUCGUCAAUCCAUGGAUUUACGGUCGGCUGAACAAAAAUUUCCGCAAAGAUUUCCAAAUUCUCUUCUGGCUUGUUCUUGGGAGAAAGUAUGGAGAGAGGCUGGCUACGAGGCAGCAGUUUCGCACCCAGUAGCACCUAGUAGAGUUUAUUUUUUUCUCUCCUGUUUCUUAUCAACAUUACUAAAUGUAUAAUAUAUCUUAAAGUAUCUAUUUAUCACAUUAUUUAAGGCUACGAGCCGCCAGUGGUCUCCGAAAACCGUAUUUAGAUUGUUAGGAAAGUAAAAACAGAAAAAGUUUCACUUUUUUAAAUAACACUAUUUUUAAUUAUGGUCUAACUUCGGAUAUACUGUUCAGAGCUGUUAUCAUAUUUUUCAACAACUUGAUGUAAAAGGCAAAGUUAUUUAAAUGAAACGACUACCGUAGUAACAGGUUAGAAUGUAUGUAAAUUAUACAAAAAUAUUGGUUGGUCAAAAGCUAGCUACCAAGUAGAGUAUCAGAGGUUUUGUCAGUGUCACCAGUUCUUUUGAAGAAUUUUAAGAAUUCAAGUUG